AUGUUUGAUACACCACAAGCCUGUGUCUCAUCAAAUAAAGUAGCGGUCAUUGCAAGCGAGAUAAAAGAUGGGGCGCCGUUUAUAUUCACCAACUAUAAUGGGUCAGCGCCGCAUAGAGCAGAGCCUGCAUAUGGAAGACUGCGGCCCGAUAGCGAGACUGAACCGAAGGUCUGGCAAGUAGCUCGUGCCACAUCAGCAGCUCUAUCCCUCUUUCCCACAAUUGAAAUCGAUAGACUUGGCACAUUCCAAGAUAGCGGAGUAAGAAGACAUAAUAACCCCAUCAACCUGGCUCUCUCGGAGGCGAAACACCUAUGGCCAAACUCUCCGAACCCCGAUGUUUUCAUCUCACUCGGCACUGGAUCAGUCCCAUCAGACCCAAAAACAGUUUCCCGGUUCCGCAAUAUAUUGGUCGAUGGAUGGGUACCACGAGUUUAUCGUGCGUUUUCGUCGUCAUUUGAAGGUCAGUCCGGCUAG